AUGCGCCUCCUGCCCUUGACGAUGGUUUGCGUGGGCCUGAUCCAGCAGGGCGGAGCGACACGCCACCAAGUGAUCAAAGGAUCCGAGACUGAGGCAACCGAGCAGGGUUUCGCCGUGUGCUGCAACUUUCACGGAUACCUCUCAACAGAGAAGGAUGAAGCGGCGUGCAACGGCAAUCCCGUCAUGAACUACAGACCAUGUGUGAAGCAAGACUAUCAAUGCUGCUACUGCGACGGGGUCUUUAUCACAAAGGCUGCAGGAGAUCAGACCUGCCGGUCCUGCUCGGUGUCUAGCGGGCCUUGUCGCCGUAUGCGUUAG